AUGUUGCCGACAAUCGACUGGGACGACGGCGAAGUGGUCAUGAUCGACCAGCGGAAGUUGCCGUCGAAGGAAGUCUACGUGCGAUGCCGGACCGCGAAGGAUGUCGCCAGGGCGAUUCGCACCAUGGUCAUUCGCGGCGCGCCCGCCAUCGGGGUGGCGGCCGCGAUGGGGGUCGCGCUCGACGUCCGUCGCAGCCGGGCGACCGGCACGACCCAACUGGCGACCGAGUUCUAUCGGACGUGCGACCUGCUGGCGGCGACCCGCCCGACCGCCGUCAAUCUGUUCUGGGCGAUCGAGCGGAUGAAGCGGGUGUUCGCCGGCGGGAUGCGUGUCGGGCGGUCGACCGCCGAGCUGCAGGCGCUGAUCGAUGCCGAGGCGGUCCGCCUUCAUGACGAAGACGUCGCGAACUGUCGGGCGAUCGGCCGCCAUGGCGCCGGCGUCGUGCCGGCCGAGGCGCGCGUGCUGACCCACUGCAAUGCGGGCGCCCUGGCCACCGGCCGCUAUGGCUCGGCGCUCGGCGUGAUCCGGGCGGCGGUGGAGGCUGGCAAACGGGUCGCCGUGUACGCCGACGAGACACGGCCGUUUCUGCAGGGGGCGCGACUGACGGCCUGGGAGCUGGUUCGGGACGGUAUCGACACCACGGUCAUUACCGACGGGAUGGCGGGAUCGCUGAUGCGCGCCGGCAUGGUCGACGUCGUCGUGGUCGGCGCCGACCGUAUCGCCGCCAACGGGGACGUGGCCAACAAGAUCGGGACCUACACCGUGGCGGUGCUCGCCCGCGAGCAUGGCGUGCCGUUCUACGUGGCGGCGCCGCUCUCGACCAUCGACCUGUCGACGCCGGAUGGAUCAGGCAUCCCGAUCGAAGAGCGUGACGCGAAGGAGAUGACAUACAUGGGGGCGUCACAACUCGUUCCGGAGGGCGCCGCGGUCUGGAAUCCGGCGUUCGACGUGACCCCGGCGUCGUUCGUGGCUGGCAUCAUCACCGAGCGCGGUAUCUGCCGCCCGCCGUUCGCCGAGAGCCUGAAGCACGUGUGCGACGGCAACCAGUGA